UUGUUUCUUUUCGUUUUCACGUCAAGAUGACGAGCUACAAGGCGUUUCACUCGCAGCUGUCGUCCAUCAUGGAGGCUCUGAGCCGAGCGGCCGUGGCGGAGAUCUGCGAGCUGGUGGACGACGGCUACGCCGUGCUACGGCUCGAGAUCACGCGCAGUCACCGGGAGAAAGAGGCGCUGCGGAGGAAGCUGGAGCUGGUCGAGAACGUGCUCGCCCGGGGGGGACACAGGGGGGGGGACCUCGCGAUGCUCGAGGCAGCCAGCGAGGGGUUUAUGGAUUUUACUGUCGAGCAUGAGUUACCAGCUGCAGCGGGGGCCAAACCGCAAAAAGGAAAUGUCAAAAGCAGCGGGAGGGUCCCAGCGUUGGAGGCUACGACAGAGCCGACGUCGUCAGCCAACCAGGAUCCUUCGCCAGGAGCUGCAGAGGAGCCCAGUGAUCCAGAGGUCGUUUUGAUAAAGGAGGAACCCGUAAAAGAAGAGGCGAACGCCAGCUACGCCACAGACGAGCUGCUUCUCACCCACGACGGAACGGCGCUGCGGCUGCCAGAUCCAGACGACGGCGAGGAAGGCCCCUCGGGGAUGCUGACCGCGGCCUCGGCGGCCGUCCUGAGGCUGUGGGAUCAGAGCAGCGACGGGCCGCCGGAGCGCCAAGAACCCCACAGUGCACCGGGGUCCCCGGGCGCCGCGGGGCACGCCGACAGCCGCUCUUCGGACGCCGUGUUCGACUUGGCCUCGGCGUCGGACUGCGAAGCCCCGCUGCCCGCUGGGACGUGCGAGCCGAAGCGCGGCGCGUCUCUGACCAGCUCCCUCCGCUACAACGCAGAGCCGGAUCUGUGCUCCUCCUCGUGGACCAAUCAGGGCCUGCCGAGCGCGGCGCCCGCCCCUCACCGGACCGCGCUGCUGGACAAAGUCUCGGAAAUGAGCGUUCCGGGUUUCCCCUUGGCGCUCGGUCUCGGCGCGUACAGGUUCUGCGGCGACCGGCGCUUCUCGUGCAGCUACUGCGGGAAGUGCUUCACGUCUUCCCGGAGCCUGGAGACCGUGCGCGUCCACACGGGCGAGCGCCCGUACAGCUGCGCCCAGUGCGGGAAGCGCUUCACGCAGUCGGGACACCUGAAGACGCACCAGAGCGUCCACACGGGGGAGCGCCCGUUCGCCUGCGAGCACUGCGGGAAGAGGUUCGCCGGGAAGCAGAACCUGAGGAUCCAUCAGCAGAAACACCACGCGGCCGAGCAGAGCGCCGUUCACGUUUAACACGGAAACACGGUGCACCGAUGCUACUGAACGCCAAACUGGGGACCGACCACGACCUCACCGCUGUUACUGGAGUCAUUUAGCCCUCCUAGUGUCCCCGUGGGUCUCAUUUGACCCAUUUUUUA